AUGGGGGAGUUUUUCAUUGAUUGUCCAGGUGGAACUGGAAAAACUUUCCUAUACAGAGCUUUGUUGGCUGGCAUAAGAACAAAAGGGGUUUAUAGCAUUAGCACUGCAAGUUCUGGUGUCGCAGCUUCAAUUCUUCCCGGGGGACGAACAAAUCAUCCACGUUUCAAAAUUCCUAUUGACAUUGAUGAGAAUUUUACAUGCAACAUUAGUAAACAAAGUUCAUUAGCAGAUUUGAUUCGAGAUUCAAAGUUAAUUGUUUGGUAUGAAGUAUCAAUGGCAAAAAAGAGAACGAUUAAAGCUUUUGAUGAACUCUUAAAAGAUCUCACGAGUACAAAUAUACUCUUUGGUGGGAAAGUAGUAGUUUUUAGAGGAGACUUUAGACAAACACUUCCAGUUAUUCGUAGUGGAAAAAAAGAAGACUUUAUCGACGAAGGCUUAUUAUACUCUCAUAAUUGGAAUCAUUUGGAAAAAUUAUGUUUAUCUGAAAACAUGCCUGCAAAAAAAGAUCUAGCAUUUUCUGAAUAUUUAAUGAGAAUUGGAAAUGGACAAGAAAAAACUAAUAACGGCAACAGAAUUGAAAUUCCACAAAAUUUUAUCAUUCCUUUUACUAAUGAAAUAGAAUCCUUGAAUUUUUUAUUUAAUGUUACUUAUCCUGAUUUACACACAUUCUUUUCUAACCCGUCUUCUAUAACUUCCCGCGUUAUUUUGACUACGAAAAAUGACUUUGUUGAUGAAAUAAAUGACAUGCUUAUUCAUCGAUUUCCAAAUGAUGCUAAAGUGUAUACAACUAUUGAUGAAACUAUGGAACCAAAUGAUCAAUGUCAAUUUGAAGAUUUUUUGCAUACCUUACAACCUGCUAACUUACCACCGUAUAGAUUAACUUUGAAAAAAAAUUGUCCAUUUAUAUUAUUGAGAAACUUAAAUCCUUCUAAAGGUCUAUGUAAUGGUACACGAUUAAUAUGUCAUGAUUUUAAGACACAUGUCAUCAGUGCAACUAUUGCAGUGGUGAUUUAA